UGACCCCGUCAGCCUACCUGCACUAGUCGCAACACGCUGCAGAGUCACGAGUGAGAGCUGAGAAGCCCUGGAGUCCCCAUGGGACACAGCUGCAGUCACCCCUGACUGAGAAAGACUGAUCUCUUCGCUCCCGGCUGACCUGCAGGAUGUCUAAACCCUCCAGGCUGGCCCGGCCCCCCUCGGCAGGGACCGGAUCUAAGCUGCCCUCCCCGAGGAAGGAGUGCCCUGGCACCGCUGGCCGGGCCCGGGUGGUGGGAGUGGGGGAGAAGCUGAUGAGGGCAGGCAACGACUGCGUCCUGAACAGGCAAAAGCCUUUAAUGGAAGCUGUGUCGCGGGACAAAGCUCGCAGUGACGGCCAGGCUGAGACUCGAUUCCCGAGCCAAAGUCCAGGUGAGAAGGGCCAAAAUGUGGAAAUGGUCGCGUCCAAAAGCCGGAUCAGCCCACCAAAAGCCUCAAGCCAGCUGCAAGGCUGUGUGCACAAGCAAAGCAAGAGCAACUUGAAGGUUACCUGCCCAGAAGACGCCGAGCACGUGAGCCGCAGACAGGCCUCCCCAAAUGGAACGGGUUCAUCAAGAGGGGAAGCCAAAGGCAGUCGCACCGUCCCCCGGAGACACACAUUAGGAGGGGCCCGCAGCUCCCGAGACAUCCUGGCUAUGCAGCCUUCAGAGAUGGACAAGAAGAGGGAGGCCUUCCUGGAGCACCUGAAGCAGAAAUACCCCCACCACGCCUCCGCCAUCAUGGGCCACCAGGAGAGGCUCAGGGAGCAGUCUUUGCAGGGCAUGCUUGCCUCCCUUCACUCUGAGCUUGACAUUCAGAGGUAUUUGAUGAGAAUCCAAUCGCCCCACAGAAGCAGAAGCCCAAAGCACGGCCCCAGCCCCCAGCCCAGCGUCGGCGACCAGGUCGACCACCUGUCUCUGGCCUCCCUGGAAUCGUUGGACGCCAUGUCUGAGGCCGACGCCCCCACAGCCUUCACCCGCGGCAGCCGGGUCCGUGCAAGCCUGCCCGUUGUGCGAUCAGCCAACCUGACAAAGGACCGCUCUCUAGGUGUACUGUACCUGCAGUACGGCGACGAGACCAAACAGAUCCGCAUGCCUAACGAGAUCACCAGCAUCGACACAAUCAGAGCUCUGUUUGUUAGUGCCUUCCCGCAGCAGCUCACCAUGAAGAUGCUGGAGUCGCCCAGCGUUGCCGUUUACAUGAAAGACGACAUGAGGAAUAUGUACUACGAGCUCGCCGAUGUCAGGAACAUCACGGACCACUCCUGCCUGAAGGUGUAUCACAAAGACCCCGCGCAGGCGUUCAGCCAUGGACCCCGACCCGCCAACGGCGACGCCAGGAUGCACAGUGACAUGGCACAUUCUGGUCAGCACCCUCUUAGACAUCCACCCAUGGGUCCUCCAUCCCAUCAUCCCAUGCAGGGAGCACUUUCCCCAACUCCUCACUCCAUGCCCCCAUCCCCCUCCAGAAUCCCGUUCGGCCCCCGACAGGGCUCUUUACCCGGGAACGCCACCAUCCCAAGGGACCGCCUGUCGAACGCCAACCCUUCGGCCCGCUCCAUCUCUCCUUGCCCCAGUGCCAUCCUGGAGAGACGGGACGUCAAGCCGGACGAGGACAUGGGUGGCAAGAGCCACAGUCUAUCCAGGGGGAAUGAGGGACUGUAUGCCGACCCGUACCUGCUCCAGGAGGGACGGAUCAGCAUGGCUGCAGCCCACGGGCCGCACCCCGGCCCCGGGCUGGACGGCCCAGAACAUGGGAUGGGGGGAUUUCACCGUGCUUCCAUCCGCUCCACGAGCUCCUACGGCGGGCCGAGCCCCACGGACACUAUGGAUCAUCCCUCUCUGUACAGACAGAAGUCCAGAAACAGCCAGCUGCCGACUCUGGGCUCCAAGACCCCUCCCCCAUCCCCUCACCGUAUGACUGAGGUGAGGAUGAUCGACAUCCAUAGUGGACCUCCUCACGGGGGGCCUCACGGUGGAUCCCACAGUGUUCCCAUGGAAAGAAGCUCACCGGUGCGCCAGUCCUUCAGGAAGGACGAAGUUCCAGGGACUAAGCCCAGGAACGCCAUGGGAUCGCCGGUGGUUUCGGAGCCCCUGGGUCACCCCCUGGGUCACCCCCUGGGUCACCCCCUGGGGCCCAUUCCUGCUCCCAAUGAUCAUCAGACGCGAGAGCGAAUGAAGGCUAUGGAGCAACAGAUUGCCAGCUUGACUGGUCUUGUUCAGCAUGCACUUUUAAAGGGCUCAAACACUAGUGGCACCAAGGAGUCUCCAAGCGAGAAACCGGCAAAGACGUCAUCUCCGGCCCACAACGCACCUUGCUCAGGUGGUUCUCCAGUCUUGGCUCCGAGAAACACUGACACCCCACCCGACAAAAGCUCAGUUCCUCUCCAGGUCAACUUCCUGCAGUUCAGGAAGAAUGUUUCUGACCUCAGGAUGCAACUCCAUCAGAUGAGGCAGCUGCAGCUCCAAAAUCAGGAGGUGCUACGGGUACAGCUGAAGAGGGCGGAGCAGGAAAUCAGUAUUAAACUGACGGAGGCCGUGCGGCGCAUGGAGGACCCCGUGCAGAGGCAGAGAGCUCUGGUGGAAGAAGACAGGAACAAGUACUUGGGUCUGGAGGAACGUGUUCUCACACAGCUUGGUGAGCUGGAACAAUAUGUAGGCACUCUGGAGAAGGACUCAGCAACGACCCACAGAGCUGUGACCCUGAAGGAUGUGGAGGAGGGGGCGAUAACGCUGAGGAAGGUGGGGGAAUCUCUGGCAGGACUCAAAGGAGAGUUUCCAGGUCUGCAAACCAGGAUGCGAGCUGUGCUCAGGGUAGAAGUGGAGGCUGUCAAGUUUUUGAAGGAGGAGCCUCAUAAACUGGACAGCAUGCUGAAACGGGUCAAGAGCCUGACUGACACACUCAGCAGUCUGAGAAGAUCUGCAACUGAGUUUUCCCAGAAAGGGCUUGAUCCAGCCACUAACGCAUCAGUGGAUAACAGUCCUGCAGCAGCAGUGGAAGCCCCCCCAUCAUCAGUGCAGGCCGGUUCUACUUCAGCCCCACCAGAGCCCCAGAGCUCCACCAUCCGAUCAGAGGUGAUGCCCUCCUCGCCCAUGGUCAUCCAUCAUGUCCAGAGCUCCCCGGUCCACAUGCAGCAGUCCCAGCAAUCUGCGGCCUUGACGGUCCAGCCCAGUCCUCCGCUCACCCCCAGUCCCACGCUCAUGCCCAGCCCCAACCUGAGCAGGACUCAAGGCCGGGAAUCCCCCAAAGGGGCGACCUCAGACCCACCGAGUCCUGCUCGCCACAAGAAAAACCAUGGGAACCCGAUGAAUAAUGGCAACAGCACUGCCCACCAGGAUCUCAUUAUAGAGGAGCUCCAGAACAAUCAAGACAAAAGCAAAAGCAGAGCUAUGUCCAUAGAGACAGCAGAGAAGGAGUGGGAGGAGAAGCGGCAGAAGAUGGGCCGUUAUGAUGGGAAAGAGUUUGAGAAGAUCCUUCAAGAAGCCCAAGCCAACAUGUUGAAGGGAAUCCCAAGUAAAGACUUUGACGAGAACCAACCAAUGCCUUCCGCUGGUAUCGUAGAGCAAGGAGGAGUCCACAGCCCGGCCGAGUCACCGUCAGAAGAGCCUCAGUCAGUGUUUCACGCAGAGAAAGCAGCCAAGAAGGGACCAGAGAAACCCCAGAAGCCUCUGCCAGAGAAACCCACCAAGCCAUCCCUGGAGAGACCCUCCAAGACCGCCAUCAAGACGGCAGCCCAUGACAGUUUGAGCAGACAGGGGUCUGACAAAUCAAACAAGUCGCCGCCGCCUCCUCCUCCUCCGAGGAAAACCUUUUCCAGCUCCAGCUCAGGCAUGACCACAACACGCUCAGGUGAGGUGGUGUUCACCACCAGGAAGGACUCGGCUCAGGAGGGUGAGGAGGAUGCUCCACCUCCCCCUACUCCACCCAAGCCCAACAAGGUUCCACCAGAGACCAAGCCAAAGCCUGCCACACCUCCCCCCAUCACCGCCUCUGAUAACAGAGAAGAGGAGGAUGAAGGGGACAAGAUCAUGGCAGAGCUCCAGGUUUUCCAGAAGUGCACAGUUAAGGAUCUAGGGGUGAAAAAUUUGGUAGAACCCCCCUCUCGAAUUGAACCCCAAAUCAAAGAGCUAAGACCGGGGGCUAUGUUACCCCUCAAAGAGAAAAAGAGCUCAGAGCCCAGUCGAGAGGACAAAGAUCCCGACACAGAUGAAAACGGGAACACAACAGUUCGACACAGCCCAGGGGUUAUAUAUUAUGUGACUGGACAGAUUCCUAAAGACCAACAACCCUCGCCGGGAUCAGAAGACACCCCAGAACACAGAGAACCCGCACAGCCGACAACACAGGUGUCAAAUGUCAAUGUUAAUGACGAUUCUCCAAGCCAGCAAACGCAGUUGCCGCCUUUGUCUCCACCACCCAAAUCCCCUCCACCGGUUACACCUCCGCCUAUAUCACCCAAGCCUGUUGGACUUAAUGGAUUAAAACUGCCAAAAAAACAAGUUAAGCGUGCAGAGUCGUUGAAGACCAGUGGUGAAAUGCAGAAGGGAAAAGUCCUCCACAAAACGAACAGCGAAAAGACAACAAAAAUGGUUCAGGAGAAUGUUUCCUCGAGUAGGAUUGCAAUGCCCAAGCCAGUGGCGACCACGACAACGAAUGCUCAGAAAGAGACGCAUAAACAGGUUGUUAGUCCACCAAUAAAGACUUCUAGUGAGGACAGGGAACCUAAAGCUAAUCUAGACAGUAGUGAUGACAUGACGGGUCUGAGUCCAGACAUACCUGGAGAAGCACCUCCACCGCCAGAUAACAUUGCAUUUAUGAUCACUAACACCAAAGUUCAACCUCUGUCAUGCGGCGAGUACCGAGACCUGGUCAGCGCCAAGAAGGGGAGUGUCCAGACGGUUACCGUGGGAAAUGCAGCAAACAGAAGGAACAGUGCGGCCGAUCCUUCAGCGCCCCAGGACAAUGGCUUCAACAAGAAGCCUGUCAUCAUCAUCUUUGACGAGCCAAUGGAUAUCCGCUCCGCCUACAAGCGCCUGUCCACCAUCUUUGAAUGCGAGGAGGAGAUGGAGAGGAUGCUGGCGGAGGAGCGCAUCGACGAGGAGAGCGAGGAGUCGGACACGGAGGGAAGUGGUGGGCUGCUGGUCAAGGCUGGAGGGAAAGAGGUGGUCGAAGGGAAAAAGGUUGGCUCCUCACUGGACACGCCAGAUCACACCAGCUCAUCGUCCUCCUCAUUGUCCGAGCUCACAGACAGCGGAGUGAACUUAGACUCAAAUGGAGAUACCAAGCAAGAUGGCAAGAAGAAGUUCAAGUUUAAGUUCCCGAAGAAACAGCUGGCCGCACUGACGCACGCGAUCCGCGCAGGUACCAAGUCGGGGAAAAAGACUCUACAGGUGGUCGUGUAUGAAGAUGAGGAGGAAUCGGAUGGAACAAUCAAGGAGCACAAAGAAACAAAGAGAUAUGAGAUUGCGGGUUCAAAAUCUUCAGCGAACUCGGGCAAGGAAUCUGGAUCUGCGACACAGAAAAGGCAAAACUCGGACGCCGUCUGCAGGACGGAUGAAAUUCGGAAGAACACCUACAAGACUCUGGACAGCCUUGAACAAACCAUCAAGCAGCUGGAGACCACUAUCAGUGAGAUGGGACCGUGCUCCCCCGAGGACCCCGUCAUCGCUGAAGAUGCUGAGCAAAGGAACGGGAAGAUCUCAGACGGAGCCGGGCUGAAGAGAUCGUCCUCUCUCCCGACCUCCAGAGGGUCUGGCCCUAAGGGAUCCAGCAAAGGUUCAUUGCAGAAGAAGAUUAAACCUCAGCUCCUUCCUCGUCCGGUAGUCAGCCCUUCCAGCACCAGCACCAGCACCACCAGCACCACCACUACUGUCCCCAGUGUUCCCAGCACCACACAACAGAACACCAGUGUUGCUUCCCCUACUAGUCGGAUGCCUGUCCCUUUGUCUGCGAAGUCCAGGCAGUCGACGGGUACAAGUGACAAAGCAGGAAAACAGCAAAAACUCCAGGACGCUCAGAGGCAGUUCCGACAGGCUAACGGAAGUGCUAAAAGAGUGGGAGGGGAUCAUAAAACUACUUCCCCUACUAUUCCCAUCUCUAAAAUUCCUGCUUUUUAUCCUAGCGCCACUAAAGGCAGCUCCCAGUCUGCACCGAGCUCAGAUGCUACUAAUCCCAUUAACCCAUCUUCCUCCUCCUCCUCCUCCUCUGUGUCAAAGUCCUCCAUCCUGUCCUCUCACGCUCCUCGCUCCGGUCCCCAGCCCUCCUCCCAUAUCCCCUCACUGUCUAACGGUUCCCUCAAACUCCCCUCACAGCACACAGGUAAAGCUGUCUCGUUCUCCUCGCAGACUCAGAACGGUCGAGUGCACUCCUCCUCCUCCUCCUCCUCUUCAUUCUCCUCCACCUCCUCCUCCUCCCCCUCCCCUCUGUCGCCCACACCUUUGGGCCCAGGUGGGAAGAGCAUCCGCACCAUACACACCCCCAGCUUCACCAGCUACAGAUCCCACAACGGCAGCAGCGGCAAAUCCUGCAUUCCGACAACCACAGCAGCUAAGGACACCACUUAGCCUCAAUACCGCACUCUGGCUUUACAGCACAGCAGGUAGACUCCACCAUGUUUGAUAUGAUAUACUUUUGCUUUGUUUUUGUUUUUUUUUACCUGUUUUUGAAAGUUUUUGUAAGAGUAUUAAAAGGAUGCACUCCCUCAGUUGUGCUUUUAUUUUGACACUGGCAUUCGCACACUGCUACUUUUUUCUCAUUUUUAAGUUCACUUUCACAGUUUGGAUCACGCUUAACCGGAUGUUCUCGAAGGUGUACCGGAUAUUCUGACAAAAUGUUUUGUAAUGUAGCUUGAAACUAUUUAGAUUCACCACUUUGUAGUUGAAGUGAAAAGGCUUUCAUUGUGUUGAAAAAAUAUAUUUUUUGCUGUAGUUACGAGUGGAGAGUAUAGAAUUGAUGUACAAUCACAGAAUACCAUGUAAAAAAUCCUUUUAUUUUUGAAAUAAGAGAUUGAAUAACAAUAGCAUAUUUAAUCCUCUAUAUUUCUUAUGUUGCCAAAUAUUCAACACAGCCCUUGUAAAUGCCUUUAAUGAAUGUAUACUAAAUGUAUACACACAUUUUAAAGUCAAUCUCAUGAGUAACUAUUUAGUUUUCUAAGAGUAUUUCCUUGUUUUACACCAACAUGAACUGCCAAGUUAUUUUACAGAUUUGAAACUGGUAUCAUGAGUAAUGCAAGUUUUAAUUUUACUGUGCCUAUUUGCCAAAGUUGUUGUACGAUGACUUGCUUCAUGUCUAAGUCAGUCAUGAGGUUUUUGUGGACUUCACUGGACUGGGCGAGGCGUGACGGGUGAAGUGGUGACCGGACUGUUUGUACUGCAGGUCUCGGAUUAUUAACAUGUUUCUUGCUGUCAUUGUCAUCCGUACUAAAAGAAAAGUGAUGAAAUGGUUCAACCACAUGUACAUAAAUGCUUCUACUAAGAUAAUUAGUUUUGUUAACAUACCAAAGUUUAUAUGUAUGCAUGCCUUUCAAAUACUUUAGGAGAGUGGUGUAAAAGAAGAAUUAUAUGUUUGCACAGAUAGAUUUUGUAAAUAUUUGUUGUUUUUCUUUUUCCUCUCUCUUAUUUUUUGUAAAGCUUUAAAUCAUGAUAUAAAUCAGCAAUGUGGUAAAGACAAAAGUGUGUUGGAGUAGUAAAUAAAGACUUGCAUGCUUGUAGUGCAUAGAG